ACCAAAUCAAACAUCGCAAAUCCUGGACAAAAUCUCGCAUAUCCCUCUGUUACGCUUAAGAAAGUUGGCUCUAACCAAGUGGUCGUUGAUAAUGGUCUUAUCCAAGUAACCUUCUCGAAUCCAUUCGGCUUAAUAACUGGAAUCAAGUACAAAGGCUUUGACAAUGUGUUAAACGACCAAAUUAAAAAUCGCGGGUAUUGGGACGUAUACUGGUAUGAACCAGGCCAAAAAGCCCUAGCAGAUUAUUUCAUAGGAACAAAAUUUGAUAUUAUAAAUCAAACGAGUGAGCAUAUCGAAAUUUCAUUUUCGAGAACAUGGAAUAUCUCUCAACGUGGUUCGAUAGCCCCACUAAACGUAGAUAAAAGAUAUAUUAUUCGAAGUGGUGUCUCCGGAGUAUACAUGUACGCUGUGUUAGAGAGGUUAAAAGGUUGGCCAGCAGUGAAUAUGGACGAAACCAGGAACGUCUUCAAGCUUAACACAACAAAAUUUGAUUUCAUGGUUGUAUCGGAUAAUCGGCAAAAAAUUAUGCCUUCUCCAGCAGAUCGCGAUACCAACGAUGGUAGAGCUAGUCCAUUAGCUUACAAAGAGGCUGUUGACGAUAAGUAUAUGUACUCAAUGGAAGACAAGGACAACAAAGUGCAUGGUUGGAUUUCGUCAGACCAACGUGUCGGUUUCUGGAUGAUAACUCCCAGCAAUGAGUUCCGUGUUUGCGGGCCCGUCAAACAAGAUCUCACUUCUCAUCUGGGACCCACCGUCCUCUCAAUGUUUGCAAGUGUACAUUACGCGGGUAAAGAUAUGAACACAACUUAUACAAGCGAGGAGCCGUGGAAGAAAGUGUUUGGUCCUGUCCUUGUUUAUCUCAACUCUGCCUCCUCUCAUAAUCUCCUCUGGGCCGAUGCUAAACGACAGAUGCUUGCCGAGGUUCAAAGCUGGCCUUAUGAUUUCGUGAAGUCAGUAGAUUACCCUCUUUAUCACCAAAGAGGAACAGUCAAGGGUCAAUUAUUUGUCAUGGACAGGUACAAAAGCAAGUCGAAGUUGUACGGGGGAUUUGCUUUUGUGGGUCUAGCAAUAUCUGGUGAAGCUGGUUCGUGGCAAACCGAAAGCAAGGGAUAUCAAUUUUGGACACAAGCAGACAAAAUGGGGAGGUUCACAAUAGCGAACGUGAGACCAAGGAACUAUAGCCUCUACGCAUGGGUUCCUGGAUUUAUCGGUGACUAUAAAUACGAGCGAAACAUUACCAUCACACCAGGUGGGGAAAUAAACGUAGGACGCAUAGUGUACGAGCCGCCAAGAAACGGCACGAUCGGAGUACCUGAUCGGACGGCCGCAGAAUUCAAUAUCCCAGAUCCGGACCCAGCCCUUUUCACCAGGCUCGAUCUUAAUUACUCAAAUCCUCCUCAAGACAGAUUUAGACAAUAUGGUCUAUUGGAUCGUUACAGUGUUUUGUAUCCUCGAGAAGAUCUUGUUUAUGUUGCUGGGGUGAGUGACUAUAAAAAGAUUGGUUCUAUGCACAUAAAUGCUGGAAAUGGGACAUUGGUACCAACGACAUGGAGAAUUGUGUUUAAUUUAAAAGCAGUGAAUCAAACUGGAAACUACACACUUCGAAUGGCUUUGGCUGCAGCCUCGAAUGCGGAUUUAUAUGUUCGGGUCAACGAAGCUAACUCCAAACCUACUUUCACGACCGGGUUAAUAGGUCGGGAUAACGCGAUCGCUAGGCAUGGGAUUCAUGGGUUGUACAGAUUGUACAACAUUGAUGUUCUAGGAAAACUGCUUAGGGUUGGUAACAAUACGAUUUUUCUUAAUCAAGAUCGGAACUCUAGUUCGGGUACAGGGGUUAUGUAUGAUUACCUUCGUUUGAAAGGUCCUUCGAGAGUUUUAUUU